UCUCAAUGUCCGUUUCAGUUUUGGAAAAGACAUGUUUUGGCCCAGAAUAAAGGACUGCUCCGGAUAAAAACAGGGAAAGAAGCACUGAGGUAGUUGCUUUCCGUGUCUGUGGCCUGAGUCUUCAGUAUUUGCCGAGUAGAACGUAGCCUGAAUCAGCAAACGCCCCCAAAUCUGAUGGAUUGAGGUUAGUGUGCAGUAUUUCUGCAGAUGUCCUAUGAGGAAAAUCGGAUAGCUGAGGCAUCUAGAGGUUUUGAAGCAGAGUGGCUGUCCUUCUAAUACAGCUAGAAUGGUGUCAUUCUAGGGCUUUGUGAGAACAAAAAUAUUAUUGAGGGAAAAAAAAAAAACCCUUACAGAAGAUGUGCCUUCAGGGGCAAUGUACAAUUUUGGCAGAAAAAAAAAAUCUUUUAAAUGGGAAGUAACACGAGGUAAAAUCAUCCUUUGUUAGGUGGAAGUUUAUGCCAGUAAUCUUGACCAUUUUCAUUCACAUUUACCAGGAAACACUCAACUUUUGUUUAUGUGGAUGGAAGUGGCCGAGAGUAUGACAUUCAUAUUUAGGAGUAGUAUUUUCUCUUGAUUUUGUUGACGAUUUCAGAAAUAAUUCAGAGCAGAUCAUUUUAACUGUAUCUGCCCAUUUGUCCAUCUCUAAAAUUGGUAACAAGCAGGGAUUUAGUGCAAAUUCUUACUGUAAACCGUGUGGGGAAGGAACCUUUUUGCUAAAGUAGAAUACAGAUACCUUCACCAUUCAUACUCUUUCUGGAUGGCUCCUGAUCUUGAAUUAACUCGGAAACUAGUCUCCUGUCUGCUUAGUUAAGGCCUGAAAGUGCUGAGGCUUUUUUUGUGUGUGGGGGGGGGCAUUUAGCGGGUGGACCGAUCGUCAAGGUUGUCUUGGGAGCAGGCAGAUUUGAGUGAGCUGAGGCUGGCACUGCUAAGGAAUUAGUGGCACUGAAGACAGUUCUGGUGUCACACACCCCUCCACCUCCUUGCCCUUCCUCCCUUCCCUCCUUCCCUCCUUCCCUUCCCCAGCGCCCAGAUGAGAGACGUAUUUCACCUCUUAGGUUUUACAUUUAAAUGCUCCAGACUUUUUGCUGCGUGUAAAAACCAAAACCUGCCUUUCUUCUCUGACCUGUAAACUGUAUGGACCUUUCCCUCUCUUUCUAUAGACAUGUUACCGCCAGAAACUACUUUCUCUCUGAUUAACCAUUUGAUUAAACCCAGGGGCCUUGGAACUUUUCAUCCAGUGGGGUUCCAAGUUGGGCUGCUUUUGUUUUAAUUCCUUUUUUUUUUUCUCAGCAAAUUCUCCAAGUAGAAACUGCAACUAAAUGACCCCAUGAAACCCAAGUCGAAUGUUCCUCCACUGACCUAAGAAAUUCCUUUCAUAACUCAACAGACUCCAAGAGCCUGAAUCAGAGUCUUCCUCAGAGACGUGCAAGGUGUCAGAGACGGAGCUUCCUUCGCUCUGUAGAUGUAACCAUGCUGAUAACAGCCAUCAAAGCACUUCAUAAGUUUCUGCCUUUUUUUCUUCAUGUCUUAUUUUAGAUAGUCUUUAAAACCUUGUGGUGAAGAAGCAGGGGAAUAGGUAGUCACAUCCCAUAUGCAGAUAAGAAAGGAGGCCUGAAGCAGUCUCUGCAAAGCCAGGAAUCUGACUGCACACCUCUCUUUGGUGCACGGAUUAGCAACCUCAAAUGACACAGUUUAUUUACCGUGUGCCAGACACUGCACCAAGCAUCUUAUGCUCGUGAACUCUUUUAAUCCUCACAACCACCUGUGAGGGACGUGCUGUUACCACUUCCAUUUUUCAGAUGGGGGACGCUCAGGUGCCCUGAAGUUAAAGGAUGUGCCCAAGAUGGUGCAGACAGUAAAGGAGGGAGAGGUUGAGAUUUGAUCGCCGGCAGUGAGUCAGACUAUAGGAUGUUAGACUGCUUUCCACAGACACAAUUUUGUACAUCAGAUCAUCCAGUAACUUUAUAAUGACACUAAAUUGUCUGGUUCUUUUCCCAAAUGAAAUUCACCAAAGGGCCUCUGUCUGGUCCUGGAGGCAGGUGGUCCCAAGAUGGAAUAUUUCCCAGAGCUUUGUGCUUGUGCUCCUGUGGCUUUGAGCACUGCGUGCUGAAUGCCUUGAAGGCUUGUGCUUUGAGGAACCUGAAACGUCUUGAAGAGAGAGGCUGUGCUUUCAGGAGCACAGUAGUUUAAGCAGACACAUGUACCUUUAAAUUCUCUUAGAUCUCACUCUCUGGAGAGCCCGAGAGUGAUGGAGUACAUGAGCACCGGAAGUGACAAUAACGAUGAAAUCGACCUAUUAAUGAAGCAUUUGAACGUGUCCGAUGUAAUAGACAUUAUGGAAAAUAUUUACGCGAGCGAAGAGCCGGCAGUUUAUGAACCCAGCCUGAUGACCAUGUGUCAGGACAGUAAUCAGAACGAGGAGCGGUCCGAGUCUCUGCUGCUCAGUGGCCAGGAGGUGCCGUGGUUGUCGUCGGUCAGAUAUGGAACCGUGGAGGAUUUGCUUGCUUUUGCAAACCACAUAUCCAACACCGCAAAGCGUCUAUAUGGACACCGACCACAAGAAUCGGGAAUUUUAUUAAAUAUGGUGAUCACUCCCCGGAAUGGACGUUAUCAGAUAGACUCUGAUGUCCUGCUCAUCCCUUGGAAGCUGACGUACAGGAACAUUGGCUCCGAUUUCAUUCCUCGGGGGGCCUUUGGAAAAGUGUACUUAGCCCAGGACAUAAAGACGAAGAAAAGAAUGGCGUGUAAAUUGAUCCCAGUAGACCAGUUUAAGCCAUCUGACGUAGAAAUCCAGGCUUGCUUCCGGCACGAGAACAUCGCUGAGUUGUAUGGCGCGGUUCUGUGGGGCGAAACCGUCCAUCUCUUCAUGGAAGCAGGCGAGGGAGGGUCUGUUCUGGAGAAACUGGAGAGCUGUGGACCAAUGAGAGAAUUUGAAAUUAUCUGGGUGACAAAGCAUGUUCUCAAGGGACUUGAUUUUCUACACUCGAAGAAAGUGAUUCACCAUGAUAUUAAACCUAGCAACAUUGUUUUCAUGUCCACAAAAGCUGUUUUGGUGGAUUUUGGUCUCAGUGUUCAAAUGACUGAAGAGAUCUAUUUUCCUAAGGACCUCCGAGGAACAGAGAUUUACAUGAGCCCAGAGGUGAUCCUCUGCAGGGGUCAUUCAACCAAAGCGGACAUCUACAGCCUGGGAGCCACGCUCAUCCACAUGCAGACGGGCACCCCGCCCUGGGUGAAGCGCUACCCGCGCUCCGCCUACCCCUCCUACCUGUACAUAAUCCACAAGCAAGCACCCCCUCUGGAAGAUAUCUCUGAAGACUGCAGCCCCGCCAUGAGAGAGCUGAUGGAGGCCGCCCUGGAGAGGAACCCCCACCACCGCCCCGGGGCGGCCGCCCUCCUGAAGCACGAGGCCCUGAACCCCCCCAGGGAGGACCAGCCCCGCUGUCAGAGCCUGGACUCUGCCCUCUUUGAGCGGAAAAGGCUGCUGAGCCGGAAGGAGCUGGAGCUUCCGGAGAACAUCGCGGAUUCUUCAUGCACAGGAAGCACUGAGGAGUCAGAGGUGCUAAAGAGACAGCGUUCUCUCUACAUAGACCUGGGGGCCCUGGCUGGCUAUUUCAACCUCGUCCGGGGUCCACCAACCCUGGAAUACGGCUGACUGAUGGCGUCCUUUGCCCUCCGUUACGACUCAGCGUUUCUCUCUCUCUGGGAAGCUGGUUCUGCUGACUCUGCACCGGGGCUCUGCCGAGUGAAUUGUGCAUUCCUUAGCCGGGCUCCCGUGGGCUCACGGUUGUGACUCCAUGUGGCUCCGGCGUGCUCUGGUUGGUGAAGCUGCCCUGGGACCCACCAGGCUGGAAGGGACUCACCUCUCAGGUGGUACGUCUGACGCACAGGAUGCUAGGACUUACACGGAAGGAUGGCUUCUGGUGACUGAUUUCAUUCACUGUGCACUUUGCUCGAAAGUUUUAAAAGAUGCCAAUCACAAGGAUAAUAUACUAGCCUGAAAUGACUAUUCUUGGGUUCUAACUUAAAUCUGGGAACUUCGUGUAACUCAAAACAGUUGUGUGUAUAUUGGUGUACAUUAUAUGAUAACCCUCUGAGCCUUUGUCAGUAAAUUCCAAUAUAUAUUAAAAUCUUUAUAUUUUGGGUGAAGAGAACAACUUGAAUAUUGUAGCAAUAAGCUGAACUAAUGUCUUAAAAAUGGCCAACUGGUUAACGGGGGGCCAUCUGACAGCAGGCCACGAGUCACGGGUUCUGUUAUGUUCCUAUGGAAACAUUUUGUAUUGUACAUGCUAUGCUUAAAACAUUUAAAACAUGAUGUUUUGAAUGUGGAUAAAACUGUGUUAAACCACAUAAUUUCUGUACAUCCCAAAGGAUGAAAUUGUGACCUUUAAGAAAAAUGGAAAUGUUUAUAAAUUAUUAAUGAUGCUACUUUUAUAAUUAAGGCUCUUUUCUUUAAAGCAUUUGUAUAUGAAAAUAGCAUACUGUGUAUGUUUUCUAUCAAAUGCCUUCAUGAAUCUUUCACAUCUGUAUGUACGUAGUUUUAACACUGUAAAGUAUGUGAGCAUUCCUACUUAAAGUAAGUUUUUACAUCAUGCAAAUGAAAACAACACUUUUAUCCGACGUGCCUGGUCAAAUCAACUGAAUAAAUUCAACAUGUUGCCU